AUGGAUUUCCCUGGGGCAGCAGAAGACCCAGAGCAAAGGUCGUUCAUUGACCCGGUGUGGUUGCAGCAGUGGGGACUUGGGCCGGAGAACGCUUUGGACUACUUCGCUCUCAGCCCUUUCUACGACAAAGCAUGCAACAACGAGCAGUGCAGGAUGCAGGGCGUGGAUCCACGGGAAGGGCUGCUGAACCUAACCGGGCUAGAGUUCAUGUUGGUGGAGCUCCCACCAGAAAUGUCUUUCUUGCCACCGGGGCAACCAGCUCCAGCCGGGCCGCAGCCUCGACGUCUCUUCGUAAUCAAGAAACAAGUACGCAAGAGCCCGAGUUCGGUUGAGGUCCAGGCGAUCUACUACAUCAUGGAGGGCGUCAUCUACCAAGCUCCCACGGUGCAAAAGCUCAUCAAGUCUCGUCUAAACAAGUUCACCCACCAUCUCAACAACGCCUUUGGUGAGGCCGGCCUCCAACCCGACUGGUCGUUUCAUUCUUAA